CAUCAUUCCACCAAUCUUUUUUAAAAGCACAAAAGAAUUUCCAGACAUCAAAGAUCACUCAAAUGGAACUGAACUUGAAGGCUUCCCAAACAAAACCUAAGCUUUAAACCACCAUUGAAAUACCAGCACACCGACCCAAGAAGUGACCUACGUCGCUCACCGAUUCAUCUGUUCAUACUUAUCAGGCUCAUCGAAGAACCAAAGAGAAUGGGAUACACAAAGAUUCAGUUACUAGCUCGCCUCAAGGAACUACAUAUUGAUUUUGCCACCUUUGAGCACCCUGCUGUAUUGACAGUUGAAGCACAGGCUAAAUAUGUCGGACACUUGGGAGGUGGUCUGAGCAAGAACUUGUUGUUAAAGGACAAGAAGCAUCGAUACUACAUGAUCUCAGCUUUGGCAGGAACUAAUGUUGAUCUAAAAGUUCUGUCCCAGCGCCUUGGUUUAGGGAAAGGAGGCUUGAGAAUGGCUCCUGAAGAAGCUUUGCAGGAAAUACUUCAGGUACCUCUGGGAUGUGUUACUCCAUUGGCAUUGAUUAAUGAGUCUGCAAGUGCUGUUUCACUGUUGUUGGAUCAAGCAUUUAAAGCUCAGGAGUGCUGCUUUUUCCAUCCUUUGUCAAAUGACACAACAAUUUCUCUCAGUGCAACCAACCUUGACAUGUUCCUGUCAUCUAUCGGAAGAAAUCCGUCUUAUGUAGACCUUGAGGCUCAAACAGUGGUAGGAAAAGAUAAUCCUCCUGAUCUUGCUGCUUUUGUACCAGUAGAAGUACCACAGCCGCCCUUACAAACAAUUAGUGCAGCAGUUACUCAUGUUCAUGAGCAAAAGCAUGCACCUUUGGAGAAAAGGUUAACUAACGUUCAAGAAGCUGAUAACCUGUCUAAAAAUUCCAAAAAAGCAACAGAGAAGCCAAGCCGAACUAGCGACGUUCUAGCCGAGGCAACGGAUGUCAAGAAAUUUAUCAAAGAACUGAUAGAGAAGACAUCUUUGGCUGUUUUGUCUGAGAUAUCCAAAGAUGCAAAAGAUGAUGGGAGAGAGCCUCUCAAAUCAGCAGUGCUGGAUGGAGUCAAUAAGCGGAUCGCCUCUGAUCUAGAGAACUUAGCUAUGAUAUUGAAGAAUGCAGCAUAUACACAAGGGUUCCAAGCUGGAAUUCAGAGGGGCUGGCCGCGCUGAUUGCUUCUAUACUGCAAACUUCACAACUGGUGCUGUGAUUGAAACAAGUUCUAAAUUGAAA